AUGUCACUUACCGAUUCUCGCAUACUACCCAACCUCUAUGAUGGUCUUGCAACACGUCCCCUUCUAUCGCCAUCAUUCAUUUUCCCACGACGUUCUGCCUUCCCUUCUCACCCUGGGUUUUUGAUCACUCCUGUCAUAAACGACAAUCCCAAUCAAACAAACGGGUCGCAUGUUUAUCGCCCUCACACCGGUAAAUUCACCGCGAAAAAUUCCGUCGCGAUUCCUUCUGGUCCACCAUCGACCCUUCUUGAUCUGCCUGUUGGAUCUCUACAACCUGCUCAACUCCCACCCCCAACCAAAAACGUCGCUGCUGAUUGGUAUGCGCCUCUUCCCUUGACUAUACCGGACUUAGAUUCCCUUACUCGGGAAAGAAAAGGAAAAAUGCCUGCUUUAUCACAUUUGCUCAGCGUUGGAUGUGGCCGAGGCUUGAGUAUAACUGCGGAUGAGAAUUUCAUUUAUGCCGGAUGUCAAAGCAAAGAUAAUGAAAUUGCGGUAUUCUCUCGAUCUUCUUUGCAACCCAUGUAUAGACUCAUGGGUCAUGAAGGAAGUGUACUUGCAUUGCUCUUCAUUGAGGAUAAAAAAUGGCUAGUCAGUGCCAGUAGCGCCGGCGAUGUCAGGAUCUGGUCAACUAAGACCCUGGAAUUGAUCUAUAUAAUCCACCCUUGCGAUGACACUGCCGGAGACAUCUAUUCAUUAGCUUGGGAUCAACGUGAAGGUGGAACGUUAUAUUUCGGAUCACAAUCUGCAUCCAUCGAAUGGGUGAAUUUUGCCGGUCCCGGACCUGUUCGUCGACGACAGAUCUCUGCUGCUGCUGCCAGUACAGUAGAGGUCGUUCCUCUCAGUCAAAAUGGUGUCGACCCCGUGUCUGCCCGUCCAGGUCCAUCUCAACGCACAGGUAGAUACAAGCCGCAUCGAUUCUUCGAUAAUCCGCCAGAAGGAGGCUCGUCGACAGGCAGUGGAACCAACUCUCCUCGUUCCCCGAAUGUUGGUGCCACACCUAUCAGCAGUCGAAAAGAGUUUUUCACUUCUGCCGAUCUCGACAAGCUGAGUUUGAACGAGAGAGCUGAGCAUUCCGCAACGGAAUUGGCAAUAGGGGCCGAGUCUAGAAUAGCCUUUGCUCAUUAUGGCUAUAUCUACGCACUGCAAAUGAUUGCUAGACCUAAAGGGAGGAAAUGGUUAGUUAGUGGAAGCGGUGAUUCAGACGUCAAGAUUUGGGAAUGCGAAGCUGGAGGAGGAUUAAACUUAAUUAGGGAAUUCAAUUCACUUCCUGGAGGUGUUCUUUCAUUUGCGGUCAGAGAUUUUCUGCUUUAUGCGGGACUGCAAGCUGGAGAGAUCGUCGUUUGGGAUCUGGAAACUGGUGCUUGUAUACGCACUAUCGAGGCUCAUGACGCCGACGUUCUUUCGAUGUCAGUUCUUGGUGGCGAUGUCUACACCGCUGCCGCGGAUGGUAGAAUCUUGAGAGUCAAUGACGAAUUCGAUUGUACAGCUGUUUGGCAAGCUCACAGUGGAACGGUAAUGAAUAGUGUCAUCGUGAAAGGGGAAAAACAGGGAGGAUGGGAAAUGAUGACUACCGGAAGCGACUCUUUCGUUAAGAUAUGGAAUAUCGAUCUACCCAAAUCUUCAGGUCAUGACAGUGAAUUGGAUGUAGAGGGCGAAGGUGAUGUCAUGUUAUACGCAUUGUCCAAACUCGUUGCUGUACCCACAGUAUCUGAUGAAGCUCACCGAGAAAGUUGUCGACAAGGUGCUCAUUUGCUGAAAAAGAUUCUGUCUCAACUCGGCGCAUCUUCUGAAGUGCUUUCCGGGGAACAAGGAAAGAAUCCACUCGUAUUAGCAACUUUUACAGGGAGAGAUAUCGGUAAACCCAGGAAAAGGCUUUUAUUUUAUGGCCAUUACGAUGUCCAACCUGCUGAUGAGGAUCAAUGGGAAACGAAUCCCUGGGAAUUAUCGGGCCGAAAUGGGUAUCUUUAUGGAAGAGGCGUGACCGAUAACAAGGGACCCAUUCUUGCUGUCGCUUGCGCUGCCGCUUCACUGCGGCAACGAAGGGAACUGGAUGUGGACUUGGUGAUGAUCAUCGAAGGCGAGGAAGAAGCAGGCAGUAGAGGGUUCGCUUCCACUGUCAGAAAGCACAAGUCGGACAUUGGUCACAUCGAUGCUGUCUUAUUGUCCAAUUCUACUUGGAUAGAUGAGGCAGACCCCUGUGUGGUCUUCGGCAUGCGAGGAGUUGUAUAUGCCAAUCUCAGUAUAUCUAGUAAAGAUGAAGAUCUACAUAACGGUGUAGAUGGUGGCGCCACGACUGAACCCAUGUACGACAUGAUCAGAGUACUGGGCGGACUGUCUGAUGAGGAAGGUGUGAAAGUCCCCGGUUUCUAUGAUACUGUCAGACCUCCUACUGAUGAGGAGCUUUCCCUACUUCGAGAUGUUUCGUCGGCUUCCGGUCGCUCAUUAGAAGAACUGGUAAGAGUGUGGCGUCAACCUUCCUUCUCAAUUGCCAACAUCAAUUCUUCAGGAUCAGGUAAUAAGACUGUUAUACCUAAGAAGGUUAAAGCAGAUAUCAGUAUGCGUAUUGUACCUGAUCAACAGCUUGAAGAGAUUGUGAAGACUCUUAAGGAUUACUGCAAGCAGCUUUUUGACGGGCUGGGUUCCCCUAAUGCUUUCCAGAUCGAGGUUACUCAUUCUGCUUCGUGGUGGCUCACGUCCCUCGAUUCACCAUAUUUCAAAGCACUUGAAUCGUCCGUUCAGGACGUAUGGGGUGUUCGGCCUCUCAAGAUCAGAGAAGGUGGUACUGUCCCCACUGUUUUCUGGCUUGAGAAGGAGUUCGGAGCUCCAUGUGUUCAUUUACCCUUGGGUCAAAGCAGUGAUGCAGGUCAUUUGGCCAACGAAAGGAUGAGACUGUUGAAUCUGAGAAAUGGCAAACGAGUCCUCGAGUCGUAUUUGACUCGUUUAGCAAGUAUUUAG